CUCCAGAGCCAUCUGGGGAGAAAAGAAGGAAAGCAGCGGGGAACGGAUUUCUGGCUGCGCUGCUUUGAGAAAGACGGAUGCCGAAGUUGCGCUUCUGCGCGGCGGCGGCGGCGGGCGAUUGAGACAUCCUCAUUAGAGGCUGGGCGAAGGGAGAUAGAUCUGGCCCUGGCAGGUCUGUGUGCGUCUGGAGAGCGAGGGGGAGAGAGAGAGAGAGAGAGACUUUUGCAGAGAGGGGAAGGCGUGACCAGCAUGGAGAAUGCCAAAGGACCUCGGAGAGAGAGAGGCAUUCUCUUCCUCGCUCUGUCUUUCACACACAAAUCUCUGAGCGAAGAUAAGCCCGGCAGCUGAAGGUUUGGGGACAGCGCGCAAAAUAACACGGUGUCAACAAACAAAACCGCCUCUCCAAAAGGGAUCAAAAGUAAUCGGGACCAGCGGAGCUCGCAGGAAAAAUGAGGUACUUCCUGGUCUGGUCCCUUUGUGCCUUCCACCUCGUCAAAACAGACACCAUUGAACUGUCCGACAUGUUUGGGGAGAUCCAGUCCCCAAAUUAUCCAGACUCCUACCCCAGCGAUUCAGAAGUGACUUGGAACAUAUCGGUGCCGGACGGCUUUCGGGUCAAGCUCUAUUUCAUGCAUUUUGAUCUCGAAUCGUCCUACCUUUGCGAAUAUGACUUUGUGAAGGUGGAGUCUGAGGACCAAGUCCUGGCAAAUUUCUGCGGGAGGGAAGCCACGGACACAGAGCAGACCCCGGGGCAGCAGGCCAUUGUCUCCCCGGGAUCUUUCAUGAGCCUCACUUUCCGAUCGGACUUCUCCAAUGAGGAACGUUUCACAGGGUUUGACGCCCAUUACACGGCCGUGGAUAUCGAUGAGUGUCUGGAGAAGAGCGACGAAGAGCUGGCCUGUGACCACCACUGCCACAACUAUAUUGGCGGGUACUACUGCUCCUGCCGGUUUGGCUACAUCCUCCAUUCUGACAACAGGACUUGCAAAGUGGAGUGCAGCGACAACCUCUUCACUCAGAGGAAUGGGGUGAUCAACAGCCCAGACUUCCCCAAUUCCUACCCCAAAAGCUCUGAUUGCUUGUACCGCAUUGAGCUGGAAGAGGGUUUCUUCAUUACGUUGGAGUUCAACGAUAACUUUGACAUUGAAGACCACCCAGAGGUCACCUGCCCAUAUGACUACAUCAAGAUCAAAGCCGGGCGUCAGGAGUUUGGGCCUUUUUGUGGAGAGAAAUCGCCAGGACACAUCGAAACGAAGAGCAACAGCAUUCAGAUAUUGUUCCACAGUGACAACUCUGGAGAGAAUGGAGGGUGGAAGCUGUCCUACACGGCAAUAGGAGACCCCUGUCCACUUGUGGAGCCUCCUCCCCACGGCAAGAUCGAGCCCUCCCAGGCCACUUACACCUUCAAGGACCAGGUGGUCGUCAGCUGCAACACCGGAUACAACAUCCUAAAGGAUGGCGUGGAGAGCGAGACGUUCCAGAUCGAGUGCAUGAAGGAUGGCUUGUGGAGCAACAAGGUCCCUAUCUGCAAAAUUGCAGACUGCAAGGCGCCACGAGAGCUGGACCACGGCUUCGUCACCUUCUCCACCCAACACAACCUGACCACGUACCAGUCGGCGAUCCAGUAUUCCUGCCAGCAUCCAUACUACGAGAUGGUCCCCAACGUCACAGGUACCUACACCUGUGAUGCCAGGGGCCUAUGGAGAAGUGCGGAGCUGGGAACGCGCCUGCCGUCUUGUCAACCAGUGUGUGGGAAACCCAGGUUCUCCAGGAGUCUGCUUGCUCGAAUUGCCAAUGGACGCUACGCCCAGAGAGGGAUCUCGCCGUGGGCCGCCAUGCUGCAGAGGAACGGGCGCCCUUUCUGUGGGGGGUCCCUCCUAGGGAACAGGUGGAUUGUGACGGCCGCUCACUGUCUCCACCAUGAACUCGACCUGGAGAAUCCUGUCCUCCGAAGCUCUGACGUGAUCAGCCCUUCGUCGUUCAAGGUGAUCCUAGGGAAACACAGAACCCAAAGGAAAGAUGACACAGAGCAGGAGCUGCAGCCCCAAACAAUCUCCAUCCACCCAUCCUACAAGGCGGCCACCUUUGAGUAUGACAUCGCCCUGGUGGAACUGUCUGAAGAGGCCAGGCUGAAUGAUUACGUGAUGCCCGUUUGCUUUCCAGAUAGAGCCUUCCCAAAAGACACCAUGGUCAUCGUCAGCGGAUGGGGGAAGCAGUUCCUGCAACGUCUCCCAGAUGCCCUGAUGGAGAUUGAGAUCCCACUGGCAGAUCACGCAGUGUGCAAAGAAGCCUAUCGCAAGCUGCAGAAAGUCGUGACAGGAGACAUGAUCUGCGCUGGAGAAAGAGAAGGAGGAAAAGACGCUUGCCAAGGGGACUCCGGCGGCCCCAUGGUCACUCUCAACAACCAGACUGGCCAGUGGCAGCUCAUCGGGACAGUGUCUUGGGGCGAUGGAUGCGGCUUGAAUGACCGCUAUGGAGUGUAUUCCAACGUCCUGCUGACUCUGCCUUGGAUUAAACAGGUCACAGGAGAGCAAUACUGAAGUCUCCCAACCGUACGAAGAACCCAAAGCAAAAGAAAAUUGAGCAUCUGCCGCAGUUCAGAAUCUUGCUGUCUCCAAAAAUGAGAGAGAGGCCUGGCCUGGAUCCUACAUCCUGCUGAACUGAACUCUGCUUCAAUAGCUGAAGCUGACCUGCUCCCCUGGGUUAUUUGAUGAUGGAUUUGACUUUAUGGGGACCCAAAAAGCUUGGAUCAACAUGGUUUGGGGAGGUUUGGUUUGUGAAAGCUUUUAAAAAUUGUGCAUGUCUUCUGCAGCACACAGUCGUGCUUGGAAAGAAAGUCUGUUAACUAGGACUCAAAAUAAAUCUCAGGGGAAAUGCAUGGCAUGGUAGCUGGAGACCAUAGCUGUCAACUGUCCCUUAUUUGGUGAGAAAGUCCCUUAUCCCAGCGCCAUGUCCCA